CCGCUGCCGCUACUGACUGCGCAGGGCUUCCCUGACCGGGGUCGAGAAUUCGCUGCGAUCUCGCAUUUGUCACUUCGGUGGCUGGGUGAGGACCUUGGACAAGUCGCUCAACUUGUCCGGGUUUUCAUUUGCAGACUAAGACGCGUUUGCUCGAUCUCCUAGCUUCUCGUCAGCUUUAAAAUCAAAGGUUUUGUGAUUGUACCGUUCUUCGGGCUUUUGCAACGUCAAGAUGACAGGUGUGAUAAGCCGAUGGAAGUAGGCAGACUCCACAGAACGCUGCAGGUUGAUGACAAACUCUGAUUUCAUUUGGGUCGCCGCUGUUUUCACGAUCGUUUAUCGUUUGAAAUAGACGAGAACUGGAAAUUCAAGCUUAAUUGGCAAACCACGGUUAAUAUGGUAGCGAAGCCACUGAAGUACGAAGUUGAAGAAUCUCAGUAUGUGAUAAUAUUGAAUCUGAAUUAGUAAAUUCAGGUCAACCAACACUUACAGAGUAUUUCUGAGAAUAUAUUUAAAAGGGAGAUGGAUUUGUUGGAGAGACUAGGCAACACUGAACACCUGCAGUUAAUUUUUGCGUUUUCUGAGUUUGCAGGAUAAGUUGGAAACGGAGAUGGUUUUAGGAUGGCUUCCCAUUGUGUGGUUGAGUUUCUGGAGGCAUGGGGAUCUCAUUUGUAAAGCUGAGGAGGAGUUUCAGUAGGUUUCCAAUACGCUUGAGCUUCAGACGUCUUAAGUAGUACUGAAUAUUGAGUGGGCAUUUACACUGUUAAGAAUCUAGGAGCCCCCUGAGAUAAGCAAUUCCUACUUUAGAUGUAGAAAAUGGCCCCAUCUUCAGCCCAUCUCUAGUUUAGUCUUUAUCUUCAGACUCCAAACUGAAAGGAGGGACACUGAUGGCACACAGGUGCACGUAACUGAGAGACGUCUUAAGAAAAUGAAGGGAGCAGUUUGGUGACCACCAUCCUUGAAUAAGGAAGGAGAAAAUGUGGAUGUGUGCAGCGUUUGUGGCACUUGGAAAAGCAGCUCCCCAAGAGACAGCUCUAGGUCCAGGUGUAUUUUAGUGGGAACCACAAAGAUAAUACUAGCAAAACUUUAUGAUAUCCAUUGAAUCAGUGGCUAAGUUCUCAAGUGAGGUUGCCACACUUUCUUUAAAGAGCCCUCAUAUGUAAUUAUUGGAAUGAACUGGUUUCAAUGGCAAACCAGUUCGAAUGGCAAGUUAUUAUAUACUAUGGUAUUUUUUAAAAUUAUGUGUAGCAUGUUUUUUAGAGCAAAAUUAAGAUACAAGGACAUUGCAGAAUGUGGUUGUGUAUGGCACAUAGUAAAUACUAAGCAAGUAAAUGUCAAAUUAGUACAUUCAUGGUAAGUUUUGCUUUAUUUCUAACAAAUUUGCCUUAAUGUUAAAACUGUUCAUACCUGGAUUUGGAAUGUGGAAUCUAUUUUCUCUGAGCUGAGAUCUUCUUUUACUCUCUUUUCAGGUACUACACGACACAUACCUUAACUGAAUUGCUCUAAGGACUAAUGCCUAAACUGUCUCAGCAUGGCCUAUCAAGGAGGAGGCGGGCACGACCUUGGCCACGAUCCCUCAACUGCGCUCUACCACGAUAGCCCUGGAAAUACUGUCACAUGUAGAACUGGGGCCCAUAAUAUAUGCAUGGUGUCGGACUUUUUCUACCCGAAUAUGGGCGGCGUGGAAAGCCACAUUUACCAGCUCUCUCAGUGCCUGAUUGAAAGAGGACACAAAGUCAUAGUUGUCACCCAUGCUUAUGGAACUCGAAAAGGCGUCCGUUACCUCACUAAAGGCCUCAAAGUCUAUUACUUGCCCCUAAGAGUUAUGUACAACCAAUCUACAGCCACGACCCUCUUUCACAGUCUGCCAUUGCUCAGGUACAUAUUUGUUCGGGAGAGAGUCACGAUAAUCCACUCACAUAGUUCCUUUUCUGCCAUGGCCCAUGAUGCUCUCUUCCACGCCAAGACAAUGGGGCUCCGUACAGUCUUCACGGACCACUCCCUUUUUGGAUUUGCUGAUGUCAGCUCGGUGCUUACAAACAAGCUUCUAACUGUAUCUCUUUGUGACACAAACCACAUAAUUUGUGUCUCUUAUACUAGUAAGGAAAACACUGUGCUAAGAGCAACACUGAAUCCUGAAAUAGUGUCCGUCAUUCCUAAUGCUGUAGAUCCUACUGACUUCACUCCAGACCCAUUUAGAAGGCAUGAUAGUAUAAUCACUAUUGUUAUUGUCAGCAGACUUGUUUACAGAAAAGGAACCGAUUUGCUUAGUGGUAUAAUACCUGAACUCUGUCAAAAAUAUAAAGAUUUAAAUUUCAUCAUUGGAGGAGAGGGACCAAAGAGAAUAAUUUUGGAAGAAGUACGGGAAAGAUACCAGCUACAUGACAGAGUGCGUCUCUUGGGAGCCUUAGAACACAAGGAUGUUAGAAAUGUCUUAGUUCAAGGACAUAUUUUUCUCAAUACUUCCCUUACUGAAGCAUUCUGCAUGGCAAUUGUGGAAGCAGCCAGUUGUGGUUUGCAGGUUGUAAGUACCAGGGUUGGUGGAAUUCCUGAAGUUCUUCCAGACAAUCUGAUUAUUUUAUGUGAGCCUUCUGUAAAAUCUUUGUGCGAGGGAUUGGAAAAAGCUAUUUCUCAACUGAAGUCCGGAGCAUUGCCGGCUCCAGAAAAAAUCCAUAACAUAGUAAAGACUUUCUACACCUGGAGGAAUGUUGCGGAGAGAACUGAAAAAGUGUACAACCGCGUGGCAGGAGAAACUGUGCUAUCAAUGGACAAGCGGCUGGAAAGACUCAUCUCUCGUUGUGGCCCAGUAACGGGCUACAUUUUUGCUUUGUUGGCUGUAUUUAACUUUCUCUUUCUCACUUUCCUGAGAUGGAUGACACCAGAUUCUUAUAUUGAUGUUGCCAUAGAUGCCACAGGGCCAAAGGGUGCCUGGACUCAUCAAUAUCCUUAUAGUAGAAAACGGGGCAAGAAUAACGAGAUGCCUCAAACCAGGUAGAAGAAAGCCUGGAUCAGAAGAUUUUAAACACUUAUAAUAGUUCUGUUAACACUAUUAAAAAGAACGUUGCUUUUUUUUCUUUUUUAAAGUUAAUUUAGUAAGUUAUGCUACCUCUCUAUCAUUCAAUGUUUUUACUUUGAGGAAAGAUAACUUAUGCAAUUCCUGAGUGUAAAAACUCCUUGCACUUAUUUAAAAUUUAGGAGAGAACCUAUUUAAGCCACUCAGGUAUGAAAUUUUUCAGACUACUGAAAUCUCUCUAGCAAAGCCGUUUUCACAUAUUUUGGGAGCUUUGGGUGCUGAAGGGCCAAAUGUUUUCUGGACAUUGUUUUGUUUUUUUGGGUUUCUUUUUUGGCCAAUUUUAAAUAUUCUACCGUUGACUAGAUAUCCAUGAGAUGUUUACAAGUUUUCUUUAGGGAAGUACAGUAACUAUGAACUAUUUUAAGUCAUUUCCCAUGUACCUUUAUUAGGUGUUUAAGUUAUGUUCUUAAACAUCUGUUGGGUACACUCAGUAAGUGUUACGUAUAAUCAGCGGGUUUCUUGAGUAUUAAGGUCUGUCAUUUACCAGCAUGCUUUAAGCGCCUACUUUGCGUAGAACAUUGAACUCGAUACUUGCUGCCAUGAAGGACCAGAGUGCAUUUGCUGUUCGUCACUGAAAUGGCUCACUUCAUUCUAGUCACAGUUGAUGUGAAAUUGUAAAACAUCCGUCAUGCCAAAUAUGUGCAUGCUUUCUAAUGCCAGGAAACAGUUGCUGACACGCUCCGGGUACUUCUCUGACCCCGUCGUGUGCGCUCUGCUAGGUAAAACCUUCAUUUUCGGUUGUGUUUAGGAAACUGCUUUUUGCUUUUUUAUUACUAGGGACCGAUAUCACUGUUGAUGAGAGUGCAGAGAGAAACCCUCCGCAUCUGUCAGCGCAUAAUUCAGUUCUCUGUAAAUGCCUUCGUGUUUUCCACGCACAGUGUAUGAGGGUGUGCCAUCUCAAACUCAGCUGCUACCCUGUACCUUUGGGAGACAUCACUUCCCUUCACUUGUGGCCUAGCUGAUGUCUGAUGAGUAUUGUCAGUGUGCAAAAACGUCUUAGCCUGGAACGUUUUCUUUAGUGAAUUGAGUUUGAAAAUUUUAGGACUAUAAGUCUCUUUGUGGGUGCAUAUGUUUGUUAACUGUAAUUGUUGUUGCCUGGAGCCAUGGGUUUUUAAACCCCAAAUUAUCUACAUGGUGUGUCUUAUGGAACUCCUUCGAGUAAGUUUUUGUGAUAAAUGACUGACAUCAAAAGACUGAGGAAUGUGUAGGUGCACUUAGAUUCUGGCAGUAUUGUGACUCUGUACAGGAUUUUUUUAAAUGACAAUAUUUACAAAACUUUCUAAAAAGUAUCUUAACAUGCCUAUUAACCAGUUGCCACUGAUGUAAAGAAAUAAACUUGUGUUUCGUACUGAAACACAGACACAGGGGGCCAGUUUGUAAAAUCUAGAAGUUAGGAGUUCUUUAGUUAAACAUGAAAUGACCCAAAUCGCUAAAUCUUACUGGGAUUUUUAUGCACAGAAACUGACUUAUAUACAUACGGAAUACACGGUGCCAAUAUUGAUGAUAAAGCGAGAAACGAACAUUCGUUUUUAUUCGGCAGUUUUAAAAGACAUACUAUUUUUUCUUAUAUUUUUGUUUCUUGGCAGUUUUUUCAAAAUUAUUAAAUUGUUGUUUAUUUUCAGUGGACAUAGGAUUUAAAGUUCUACUUGCAUGUAAAACAUGUACUUUUCAAAUGAAAGUUAUUUUUUUAGCAACUGGCAGGAAAUUUGCUUUUUCUAGUAAAUCUUCAUUUUCAAGCUUCACAGAUACUUUACUUGUAACUAUCAGUGUUGCACUGGUCAGUAUAUGGAAACACAUUGUUCUACCCUUGUACGUACCACGUAUUUGAAAGUGAACUUGCGGUGAUGAGGAGUUUAUGAAAAAUGUAUUGUAUUUCUUUUGAUGUUACAAAAGUAGCACAUGUAAAACUGAUUUAUGAAAACUUGCUACAUGUCAUAAAAAUAAAGACCAAAAUGACAUUUUGACAA